AUGGAUGACGAUGGACACCAAAGAUCCAAACAGUAUCUGACCACAAUUUUGGACCACGCCGAAAUGCUCAUUGAAAACAUACGAAAAGAGGCUUUGAAAAUGGCCGAGGAUCUCGAAAAUGUUUACAGCAGCGUGGAAGACGUAAGGAAUUCUGAACUGCUGGACCAGCUGAGUGACGUUGACAAAGAAGACAUUAAUCAGUUUGCCAAUCGUAUCAUAGAUAGAUGUGAAACUGUUAACAUCAAUGUGCACACCACCAGGAGUGAAAGUCAGCAAAAUUGUUUGGAAGAAAUCAAUACGAUGAUUGACAGAAUUGUGAAUACAUUGAGGGAUGAUCCUGAUAAUGCCAAGGCCAUGUGUCAGUCAUACAUAGCUUCUUGUAGUCCAUUGGAAAAUGAGCUUGGCUGUAAGGUGUUUGAGACAGCCGUCUUGGGGUGUACCCUCGACGAUCAGAAACGUAUUAUUAAACGACUACAAGGACUGUUGGAUUACAUUAUGGGAUCUAAAGACAAGUAG